AAAAACCUUAGAUUAACUUCUGCUAGCUUAAACAAAGUUUGUAUUCAAUCUUAUUCUACUUAUCGUAUAUAUUGCAUGGCGUCGUUUACUUUUGAUGAGAAUAAAACGCUGAUAAUCUCUGGUGUUUCAAAGCUCUUGUAUGAUGAAGUUGUUAAGGCAUUACAAGUGACUAACUCCAAUGGGUUUCAUGGCGAUAUUGAACGAGUUUAUGUUUGUCCAGAAGGAAAAGACCAUAUUCUUGUUGAGUUUGAUGAAAAUAUUUCAGAUUCUGACGUUCACAAUAAGCUUCAAAUUAAUGGUACUUCUCUCGCUGUUCAAAAAUGGAAAUCUAAAUCGGGUAAUGAAAAUUCUAGCACUGUUUCAAAAGUUUGGAAGGUAGGCGACGAGACUUCUUUCGAUCCGUCAAAUGUUAGGAAAAUGUCACCUUUCUUUGAGGAAACGAAAGUAAAAGUUAAAAAGGCUUAUGUUAAAGAAAAUAAAGGCUGCCAUGAAUUUGAUAAAAUUUUUAAAGAAGAAGAUGUUGAAUUUUCCAAAAAAGGCAAUAUUAAAGGGGCUUGGAAUUCUGUUUAUACAGCAAUGAAGAAGAUUUGCAACUAUCAACAUUGUGUUGACCAAUCAAAUAAUCCCAUGGAGCAAGCUGACCAAUCCGAUAAUCUCGUCAACUUGAGUUCCAAUGACAAAGAUUUUGGUAAAUCUUUCACUGCUAAUAAAAAUUCUAGCAUUGUUUCAAACGUGUUGAACGUAGAUGACGAGACCUUUGAUCCUUCAAAUGAUGUAAAAAUGGCACCUUUCUUUGGGUACACGAAGGUCAAGGUUGAACAGUUUUAUGUAGAAAAAAUCGAAACAUGCAAGAUGUUUGUUAAAUUUUUUAAAGAAAAAAAUGUUGAAUUUUCAAAAAAAAAACUUAGAGGAUCUUUGACUUCUGUUUAUGCAGCGAUGAAGAAAAUAUACAUGUACUUUCAGAAGCGUGAAAGCCGCGAUGAACAACCUAGUUAUGACCAAUCAAAAGAUUCCAUGACACGAACUAGCCAGUCAACUAAUCUUGGUGAAACUAUUACUAUAAGUUGGUUAUACUUACGUUACAUUAUGACUUAUAACUAUGAGAUAAUCAAAAGUCUUGAAAAUGUAUCGGAAGAAAUUACAUUUAAAGUCAAAUCACCCAGUGAGCGAUUGAUGACGAUUAUUUCAUCAGACAAAGUUGAUCAGCCAGAAUUCCAAAACGCCAUCAAUUUUUUUGCCUCUUUCUAUCAAAAAAACCACGAGAAUAUGAAGCAGUAUGAAAUUGAUAAAAAGGAUUUUAUGCAUGAAAUUCCUAUGAAGUUUUUCUUGAUUGUCGACUCACUGCCUGAUAAAAUAAUUCUUUACGGAAAGAAGGCUGAUAUUGAGAACGCUGUCAAAUUUUUGAAAAUGAAAAAUGGAAGUUCAAAAUCAGAAAACUUUGCAUUUUCUGCUCCCAGUAAUUUACGCAGCCAAUCAAGUCCAAGAGUAAAGCGAAAAUCCCACGUUGACGUUUAUUCUGCAGUUGUUUAUCAAAAGACAAAAAUUUCUGUUUAUCAAAACGACAUCACAAAAGAAGUCGUUGAUGUCAUCGUAAAUCCAGCAAACGAGUAUCUAGAUCAUAGUGGAGGAGCAGCAAAAGCAAUUGUAAAUGCCGGAGGAUGGAUUAUACAAAAUGAAAGUAAUUAUAUCAUGAAACAACGUGGAUCAUGUUUGAAACCAGGAGAUGUUAUAAUGACAGGAUCUGGGAAGUUGACCUGUAAAUAUAUUAUUCACGCUGUAGGUCCAAGAUGGCUCAAUUUCAAUGAUAAAAAUGAAGCCGGCCAUUAUUUGUAUGCUGCUAUUUAUAAGUGUUUAACAGCUGCAAAUAAUCAAGGCUCAAGAAGUAUCGCCAUACCAGCCAUAAGUGCAGGUAUAUUUGGUGUUCCUGUGACUGUAUGUGCUAACGUACUUUUUGAUGCUGUGAUAAAUUUUUUGAAAAAAUCUCCACAUGGUGGUCCUCUUAAAGAUAUCCGUUUUGUAAAUAUUGACGAGGUGACUUCAAACGUGUUCGUGAGGGAACUGAAAAGACAGUUCCCUGGAGCAGUUGAACGGAACGAGGUUUACUUUGAUGGAACUGUUUCUAAGUUCGAUAAAACAUCAAAUGAUGUUAACAGAAAAGACUUUGGACCAUUUAAUCAAAGGUUUAAUUCAAAUGCAAGACACCAGCAAGCGGAAGGCUCGAAUCGUUCGCGUGUUCAACAUAUUGGAAAUGGAAGUUACAGCUCGCCCAACGUUGCUCAUAAAGGGAGUGAAAGUCAUAAAUCGAAACGUAAAGUUGAUGCUGAAAUUACCGAAAAUGUUCAAUUUCCAUGUAAAAAUUCUGAGACAUCGCAAAUGAACAAUUUUAAAGCUUUAAAAGGGAAUGGGGACAGAAAAAAAAGCAGCGACCCUGUAAGUGUUCAACGCACAUCUUCUUUCACGAAGGAUGAAAAAUGCACCAUUUGUCUGUCGGAGUUUAAAAAAAAGAAGACACUUGAAAAAUGUGGUCAUUCAUUUUGUACAAGCUGCAUUGAAGAGGCAUUUAAACAUAACAAAAAAUGUCCCGUGUGCUCUUAUGUGUACGGUGUUAUCAUUGGUGAUCAACCUGAAGGAAAAAUGACUUACAGUUUUUCAAAUAAAUCUUUGCCAGGUUACCCUUCUUGUGGGACCAUUUCUAUAAAAUAUAAUUUUCCACAAGGUAUUCAAGGUAAAGAACAUCCUAAUCCAGGCAAGCCAUAUCAAGGAACAACACGACGUGCAUAUCUUCCUGAAAGUAAAGAAGGAAACAAAGUGCUUAGAUUACUCCAAAAAGCUUUCCAGCAAAAACUGAUUUUUACUAUUGGACGGUCGUCAACAACUGGUGCAGAAGAUGUUAUAACUUGGAAUGACAUUCAUCAUAAAACUAACGUGAAUGGAGGCCCAUCAGCAUAUGGUUAUCCUGAUCCAACAUAUCUUCAACGAGUCCAGGAAGAAUUGGCUUCCAAAGGAAUUGUUGAAUAAUGACAGUUGAUAAAACACUGG